UGAAUGGAUAGGCUUUCAAUUAAUAACAAAUCCAACUUUUUCAUCCAAUCAGGAGUCCCACAUUAUUUUGUUCGAAGUACCAUCUUUUGUCUCAGUCUACUCAGAAGAGAUUUUUUAAUUUUUAAAUCUAAAUGGAUAUAGGCUUUCAUUUAAAAAUAAUUCCAACUUGUUUUUAUCCAAUGAGUCCCACAAUAUUUUAUUCUGAGUACCAUCUAGGGUAAAAAAAAGUUGUCAGUAAAUUGAAAAACAAAUAUUUGUGCUAUUUUAACCUUAAAGGUAUAAUCUUAUCUCAGUCUACUCAGAAGAAUUUUUUUUUUCAAAAGGUUUUUUUCAUUUUUCCUUCAGUAAGCAAAAUUUAUCCUUAAUGUCCAUUUAUGCGUAACACACCUACAUCUUAAGUUAAGUGUUAUAUAACAAAUAUAUUUAUCAUUUAAAUUGGGUGUUCAGUAUAAAUCAUAGCUAUUCAGGAUGUCAUCUUUAAAAAAAUGUUUAAAAUAUGCAAAUAUUUGAUAGGGAUCUAAAGGAGUGUGUCAUAUCUAGUGGUGAUGAAAAAUAACUGUUUAAUUAAAGUCCAGUUGGUGUAUGUUUUAAUUUCGAAAAUACACUGUAUCAGAUAAUUCCUUUCCUAUCCUUAUUCCAAUCACUUAAGAUUUAGCAAUUAUUAUCAAUUCUAAAUAUUAGCUUUUUUUUAAAAUGUCUGGCUAAUACUGCAAAAAAAAGAGAAAAAAAAAAAGAAAAAAAUGAAAAUUGAAAAAUCAUCUGCUGUAAAGUAAAUUUUCAUAUAUCAUUAGUGAAACAAGUGUUGUGUUAGUUCUAGUGGUUUUUACUGGUUUAUCAGUAGAGCAGACGGACACGGAAUAUUUCAAGUAAACUUGGCAAAUUGAGUUAUUAUUGCAGAAACAUUGAAUAAGAAAAAGUCUGUUUUUGUCUAUGAUCAUUGUAUUUACAAAACUGCAUAAUAAUUAGCAAGAAUGUAACUGCUUUUUCAUUUGUGAUAGUUUCACCACGUUUUUUCCAAAUGUCAAUGUAUUUUAAGAUGAUAGAAUUACAUAAUAAAAUUAUUGAUGUACUUUAAUCCAAAGAUUUUACAGAAUCAAGUUUUAUUUAUUAUAAUAUAUUUCAAUGUACUAAGUAUUUGUUUCAGAUAUUGGAUAUGCUCUGCAUUUAUGAAUUGCUUAAGCGUGAAGCUUUACACCAACUAACAGUUCAACAGCUGUCAUAACUGCUAAAAAUGGUAUAGCUUCCAAAAUGUUUUAUUAACAUGUUUUAUUAUUUAAUUACCCUCCUUUAUUAAGAGUUGGGUCACGUUAUCACAUCUGUCGACAUUACAGCUAAAUAUAGUAUAUUUAUUAUCUAUCAUUUACCUCCCUUUAAAAACAGUUGUAGACUGUUUAAUAUAGUAUAGCUCCUAAAUUUUUGUAUUUUUUAUCAUUUACCUCCCUUUAAAAAGAGUUUGUCUCUCUUUAUCACAGUGUAAAACAUGUAAAUUUAGCAUUGAAAAAACUUUUUCUGGCAUUAAAUAGCCAUUUUAGCAUAGUUUGUUCAACUUUGAUGUAAUUUUUGUUUCGUUGAUUCUUUUGACCAAUUUUUGCUGAGAUAUUUUCUCAGUUUGGUGAAAGAUAUCAUACAGUUCCUAUUGUGUGAGGGCACACCCACCACCAUCAUCAUCGUCUUACAGUUUUCGUAACAAUCACAUAAAAUGUUCUUCUUCUUACAAAGUCAUUUUCAACUAGUACCUGUCCCAUAGGUAUUAAAAUAUCACUUUUGACAAAUCUCUUGAUAGUAAAAUUUAACUCUUGCAGGUAGAAAAUCAGAUAUAAAACUAUUUAAAUGUUACCCAUACUUAGACAUAUUUUACUUAAUUGAAGACACCAUUUAAACCCUCUUUUGCAUUUUUCACAUUUUUUUUUAAACUACCUUAUAUUUUCUUAUCAUGCUUAUAGAAAGUGUGCAUUAAAACCUCUGUUGGAUAUUAUUUUCAAGGGGAUAAUAAUCUGCAGUAUUAUGCCAAAUGUUAUUUUAAUAUUUCAAUAGGUAUUAAAGAUAUAAUAAUUUUUUGGCUAGCCACAUUGACACUAGAAAACUUGUAAAAGUUCAUUCUUUUGGAUUACAUUUAGUGGAUAUUAAACAUGCGAGUUUACCGAAGACCUAGAAGUGAAGAAGAUAAAGCUCCUUCAUUAAAAACAAUAAAAGUUCAAAAGAAAAGGUUUGUUGAAGGAAGAAAAUUCCAAUUAUCAUGUCGGAUACGAUCAGCACGUCCCCCACCAGAAAUGUUGUGGGAGAAAAAUGGCCAAGUUUUAAAACCUAGUAAAAAAGGCUUUACUAUUAGAAAAUCAAAACGUGGUAUUGUGCUUCGGAAGAGGAAAGCCACACUUGCAGACAGUGGAACCUAUGUGUGUGAAGCAAAAAAUGUGGUGGGCAAAACCAGACAGGAAGUUAAAAUUGAAGUCAAGAAAAAACCUACAAAGCCUCCAAAGAAAAAAAAUCCUAAGAAAACUACACAGAAACCAGCCAUUCAAAUAAAUGAGGUGACACCUACACUAUUUUAUAAAUGUCCACCAAAACAUGAUGGUAGAUGUUUUAAUGGAGGGACGUGUGAAAUCAUUGCAGAUUUAGGGAUACCAAGAUGUCGCUGCAAGGAUACCCACACAGGUGAGAGAUGUGAGCAGAGGAGGCUACCAAAGAACAUUCCAGCAAUAGAGGACUGGGACCAGAAAGCUUUGGAGAAUGAUCGCAGAUUAACUAUAAUUGGUAUUGUUAUUGGUAUCUUAGUAUUUGUUUGUAUCUGCAUUGCUUCCUAUCUACUUGCCAAGAGAAGAAGAAAUAGAUUCUUCCGAAGGCAAGCUGAAAAGAGGCAGCAAAAUGAUAAAACUAAAAACAUUCCACCUUCAUACAGCAAACUACCUAGUCUAGACGAAGUCUCAGAGAUUUCAAAGUUCAAACUGUAUGAACGUGUUACCAUGAAUCACAGGGAGACCCAGACAGAUGAAACAAGUUUUGUUACUCCUAACCCACAUACAAAUUUGAAUCUGUAUCUCAAUCCAAUGGAGAAUGACGAUAUUCUACGGAAUGCUGGUGCAAGACGUAACUCUCGUUCAAGGUUGUCGGGUAUAUCUGAUGGUCGAAGAAGUCAGCAGAUAACUGGCUCUGAAAACCAAGAAAAUCGGAAUAGUUCUAACAAUAAUAUGACAGGCAUUGAACCAGUAACAAGAAAUGAGAAGGAAUUAAUGGCAUAUAAAAAACCAAAGGUCCCUACAUUUAGUGUUGACGAUGAUUGCAGUGAUGAAGAACAAAUCAAAAAUUCAUUGCCAUCCCUUCACAUUAGUGAGGAGGACCAGUCAGGUGCACCUUUAGUGAGGAGUUCUAACCAAUCAAGUGUUCCUUCUAUGGAGUUAUCUCCAGAUUCUUCUCCCAUAAGACAGAGUCCUGUUGGAGUACACAAUCCUGUGGUUGUUUACACUCCCACAAGUUACAGUGAAGAUAAUUCAGAAAUGUCUUCAUCAAGUGAGUGUUCAUCAUGGAGUAAAGAGGAACUCCGACAUUUGAAUAAAAGUAGAAAUUCAGAAUCUAACAUUCAUAAUGAUAGUAAUUAUUCAUGGAAUGAGAGAGGUUCACCUGAACUGGUCAGAAAGACAAAUCGUCGUAGGAGUUCAAAUGAUUUAAGAAAGUCGUCAAUUACAAAUCAGAAUGAAAUGUAUUCACAUUUAGCCACCAGUGGUGCAAACUUUCAUAUCUAUGAUCUACGCGAUGAUGACAUACCUAAUUCAAUACCUGUGUGAUUCCUGGAAUUUUUCAUUUCGUAGGGCACAACAAAACAACAGUAUUUAAAUAUUCUUAAAUUCCAAGCAAUGUAUCAAAAUUUCAUAAAGACAUAGUACUUAAGCAUGUUAAGUAUUACAUAUAUUAUUAUUAUGGCCAAUUGUUAUCAGGGGUUAUGAUUUCAUAUGUAUAUUUCAUUUAUUGUUCUUUGAUAUUUAAAAAUGAUAAAUCUAAUAUCUCCAAUAUAUAUACUCUGUAAAACAUCAAUUAGUUAAAGUUAAAAGUUGACAUUUUUUUUUUUAAUUUGGGGAUAAAUUAUUGACUUUAUUUUGAUAAUAAAAUUGUGUUUAGCUAUACCGGUAGACCUGUAAAAAAAAAAUCUUAUCUUUUGUACACAACAGUGUUUUGUAUGAAAAUCAAAUCUGACUACCUAACUCCUUAACCAUUCUCAAAAAUGUUUGAUUAGGUAAAAGUAGAAACUUAUAAUUCUGCAUAAAAGAAACGGUAAAUGACGUUGAUUGAUGCAAGAGUGAAAAGUACAUGUAUAUGGAAGUCAAUAGAAAUCAUUUAGGGACCAAAUAUUUGUUUUAGUAUUUCAUUGUUGUUAUGUUUCGUAAUAUUGUAUGUUUUUCUUUCAAGGGUAUUUAUGAAUAACUAGAUUUUUUAGAACAAAAAAUGAUUGUUCUUUUUAAUAAGUUUAUGUUUGCUUUUUCGCCCAAACUUAAUCAUUGAAAGUGUUCAUUACCAAAUUCAUACAGGGUUCAUUCAUUUAUUAAAUCUUGCAGUAAUCAUUAGCUACACCAAUUUGAUAUUAAUUUCAAAAACCAAUUGUUGAAAGAAAAUUUCACAUCCAAAUGAAAAUUUCUUCUGCAUCUCUAAAUGUCUGAAUCACCUAUAUUAUAAAAAUAUAAGUGUCACUGCCAUGCUACUAUUAUUAAUAGAAAUUAACACAGAAAGAGUGCACUUCCUAUUUGUUAAAUGUAAAUCCAGAUACAACUUGGCCUGUCUUCAUUCAAAAUGUUUUUUGGAUAAUAAAACAAGUUGCUACCCAAUUGUGCUUAUUUGAAAAUAAAAAAAAUAGAAAAAAAAGAUAAAUUGCCGUGGUUUUACCUGAUUAUUAUAUUCUACAACAAAUCUUACGGUAGUCUACAAAUUUGUUGCAAAUCAUGACAGGAUUAUACUGACCUUUGGUCACUCAUACUCAUUUUAGAUUUUGUGCUUUAUGAUAAUUUUAAGUUAUUCCCCCUUGAAAGCCAUAUUUUAUUUUAUUUUUAAAACUAUGUUAAUGGAUAUCAAUUGUGAACUAUUUUUGUUUGUUUAAGAUUAGUGUGUAUUUAAUUGUAAUGACAAUAAAGCUGAACAAUUACACUGCUUGCAAUUUUUUUUUUUAAUUUUUUUUUUUUUUUAAGUAAUAUAUAAUUUGAUUGAUUGGUUGUAUAUUUACAUGCAAUGUGACAGUUGUAUAUAACAUUAAAUUUCAAAUGUUUUUUUUCAAUGAGAAAACAAUUUACAAAAUAUAACUGUAGAAUGUACCAUAGUGACUUUAAUGGGAAAAACAUUAUGUCUGUGUAUUAAAUUGAUAUUUUAAAGAAUUUUUACUUUUUACUGACUGAAAAAGGCACCAUUUGUCUGUAGGCCAUUUUGAUAUUUGUUCAUUCAAUCAACUUGCCAUUUUAUAAGUAUAAUUGCUAAAUUAUUCAACAAAAGCAUUUUCAGUGAUCAUAAUGGAGAUAAUAUACUUGUUUCUCCAGAAAUCCAUCAACAUCUCAUUAAUUUUAACACGAAAUAUUAUAUUAUUUCAUUUUUUCAUUAAAUUUUUGAGAGCAUGACUUUUUCAAAAAGCAUUCAUAAACAUUAAUAACUACAUUUAGUUAAUUGAAGUACUUAAUUGACUUAUAAUAGGAUAUCAGUUAAAGCCAAAUUGAUUUUUGCUACUUUUGAUUUUCCCAUACCAAAUUUGGAAACACAAAUGCUUUUAAAAAAAAAGAGCAAAGUGCUACGAUUCUGUCCCAUUUAGUUGAAAAAAAUAGAAAUUGAUUGUGACUCAUAGUUAAAAGCUAGUGUUUUUAUAUAUAAAAAUCCAGCAAUCUUCAUGAGAAAAUAUUAAUACAUUAUUACAUUUAGAGCUUCUUUUCAUACUUUUAUUAAGAAAAAGAAAAAUAGAAACAUUUCCAGCUUGCACUUGGUUUUUUGUUGUUUUCAAAAAAAAUAUCAAGAUUAUAUAAAUUUUGCGUGGCCUCCCUUAAAGUUUUUUCUAAUGGAAGUGUUCUUUAUUUAAUAUUUGUUUUUACUCCAGAGGAUUAAUGUAUAUUGAUUUUAUAUAACAUACCUAUUUACUGUCACUUUGUGGAAUUAUAAAUUAUUGAAAAGAGUAUAUUUGAUAGCAGACAUUGAUAGCAGAGAAUGUCUGCAUUUGUUAUUUGAUAUUUGAUAUAAAAUAUGCAUUAGAUAUUCUCACAAGGUCAUAUAAAAGCUUAUGGGGGAGGCACUUACUAUGUAAUGAGUGGUAGGGAAGAGUCAUAGGAAUAAGUCGCCAUUCCUAAGCUUCAUGAUAAUUAUGAUAAGGAUGAAAUAUAUGAAAAAGGUUGCUGUACCUAAAAUUAACUAGAUGCAAUUAAAACUUUAGUCUUUAAUGCAUAAGAUAUUUGUCAAAUCUAAUUACCUCUCCCUGAAAUAGCGUAUUCAUGGAAACUAUAGAUUCAAAAAUCAAAAUAUAUAUAAAGGGAAAAGGGUGGGGUAUUGGAUGUCUCACCAGCUCACCACCCCUAUGUUCUGAUUAUACAGGUGUUAAGUUUUAGUUUUGUUUGUUUUUUGUUUGAUGAUACUAGCAUUUUAACAAUAUGAUGGUGAUCAGUAGGUCAUGGUAACUAUAGAUCCAUGUUUGGUAAUCCACUUAAAGGGUCUGACAAACUAUCACAUACCAGUAUACGUUGACACUUUCUCCAAUGAUGGAUGUAAGUAUUUAACCCCUACUUUACCAGUGGUAAGCUAAUUUUAUCGACGUAGAUAAAUUUUUUUUUCAAAUAAUGUAAUAUAUGUAUACAAUUUAUAAUUCACCUGGUCGUGCUCCAUUUGGAGUUCAUGGAAUUCCGUCAGUUUUAUUUGUUUCUCUUGGUUGGUAUAUUCCUAACAGAUUUACGAAUUUAGAGUAUCAGUUAACCGCUGUAGCCUCUUAGCUCUAGCCUCUUACUAAAUAUAAAUGAUAACAGAUUUACGAAUUUAGAGUAUCAGUUAACCGCUGUAGCCUCUUGGCUGUAGCCUCUUACUAAAUAUAAUGGAUAACAGAUUUACGAAUUUAGAGUAUCAGUUAACCGCUGUAGCCUCUUAGCUGUAGCCUCUUACUAAAUAUAAAGGAUGACAGAUUUACAAAUUUAGAGCAUCAGAUAACCGCGGUAGCCUCUUAGCUGUAGCCUCUUAGUUGUAGCCUCUUACUAAAUAUAAAUUAUUACAGGUUUAUGAAUUUAGAGCAUCAGUUAACCGCGGUAGCCUCUUAGAUGUAGCCUCUUACUAAAUAUAAAGGACGACAGAUUUACAAAUUUAGAGCAUCAGUUAACCGCUGUAGCCUCUUAGCUGUAGCCUCUUACUAAAUAUAAAGGAUGACAGAUUUACAAAUUUAGAGCAUCAGUUAACCGCGGUAGCCUCUUAGCUGUAGCCUCUUACUAAAUAUAAAGGAUGACAGAUUUACAAAUUUAGAGCAUCAGUUAACCGCGGUAGCCUCUUAGCUGUAGCCUCUUAGCUGUAGCCUCUUACUAAAUAUAAAGGAUAACAGAUCAGUUUAACAUGAUUUAGGUUUACAAAUGAUUCAAUAAACCGUUACAUUUAUAAGAUUUCCAAAAAAUAUUUUUGAGUUGAAGGUAACAAAGGCAGUCUUAUAGAUUUAUGCUAUGAAUACUCAUAAUUUUUGUGAACUUUGAACAGUCCAUGAAUAUUAUUCAUACCACCUGUUUAAUUAUUUUUCCAUCAAGGGGUAUAAUCCCUUCUCUGUCCCAUAGUCCGCCUAAAACUAUGAUUUAUUACAGUAAUUAUAAAUCCCAUAAUCCCUGUAUAACUAUUAAAACAACAACAGUAGGACAAUGUUCUUUUUCUCAAAUGAUUUCUUUUUAUUUGGAGCUUUUCAGUAUUAGGUGUUCUCUGUAUAAUUUUACAAACUUAUGAAACUCCAUUUCCUUUAAAAAAACUCAAAUAUUUGUGUUAUGAUUAUACAUUUUAUUUUUUUUUCUCUGGAUUUGAUUGGAUAUACCAAGGUCUUGGUCCAUCCAAUGAAAGACUCCAUUUCCUUGUGACAUGAAAAUAUCUAAAGAUACCGGUUGAUGAGAAUGGCCAAUUAUAGCUCUUGGCUAGCUUUAUUAAAAAGGAUUUGUUUUUUAAUUGACUUUUAAAACAUCUUUUUAUUUAUAAUCGUUUUAGCGUACAUAACACAUCAAACAAAAUUUCUAGUCAAGAUAAAAAUUGAAAACCAUUCGUAAAUAUACACCCAUAACUCCAUUUCAGUUCAGAGUGCUUGUUCAUUAUUUUCAUCCCUUUUUCAUCCUCAUUAUUGAUCAUGGAUUUAAUCUAGAUGUUGUUAUAUGUGAACUGUUAUAUUUUCAUUCUUUUUUAUUGUACAUAAACUUGACAUUCCUUUUCUUAUUUGUAUAUAUUAGAUUCCUAUUUAUUAAAACUCUUUUAUGAUAGAUAAUUCAUGCUUAAAGAAGCUUAAUAAUGCAUUUUACAGUUGUACAAGAUUAUGUGAUCAUAUUAAUUUAUUUUGUUAAUUGUCAGGUUCAAGCAAGUUGUUGUUUUCAAAGUAUAUGCUAUGCAACAAUUUAUCUCAAUUUCUGAAUGUGAUAUUUUGGAGAGAACACACAAGUCUGUUUUUGUUACGUCAGUUACAGAUGAAAGUAUUGAAGGAAAUUAAAAUAUUUAAAAGAA